AUGCGAGGGAUCAAGGAGAGCGAUGGCAUAUACGUUCCCGGUGAUCUAAUGGCGGAAUACUACGGUCAGCGCGCUACAAAGGGUGGACUUCUGAUUUCUGAGGCUACCGAUAUCUCCCACUAUGCUGGGGGGUAUCCAGGCAUCCCUGGCAUUUUUACUUCUUCUCAGAUUGAGGGUUGGAAGAAAGUUACCAACGCUGUCCAUGCUAAGGGAGGGUACAUUUUCUUGCAGAUCUGGCACACGGGCCGGGCCUCUCCCCCUUCAUUUAUUGGUGGGAGGGCACCAGUAAGCUCCAGCAGUCGCCCCAUGGAGGGUUCUUGGUUAGAAGGGACGUCCUGCGCUUCCAGUCCCCCAAAGCCCCUGACGGUAGAUGAGAUCCAGACUAUUGUUCAAGAUUUUGCAGGGGCCGCGAAGCGAGCCGUAGAAGCAGGCUUCGACGGCGUGGAAAUUCAUGGCGCCAACGGUUAUCUGUUGGAACAAUUUCUUCACGACAACAUCAACGAUAGGACCGAUGAAUAUGGCGGAUCCAUUGAAAAGCGAUGCAAAUUCCCCCUGGAUGUCUUGAGAGCUGUUUGCGACGCAAUAGGUUCUGACAAGGUGGGAAUACGACUGAGCCCUUGGAACUACUUCCAAUCUACCAGGGACAGUAAUAGAUUAGAACACUGGUCUUAUCUAUGCGAACAAAUUGUAAAUUUGCCUGCGAGUCAAAGGCCGGUUUACGUUCAUAUGGUCGAGGCGCGGUUCGAUGAGGUUUUAGACGAGCAGAAAAAGGUUGAGUCUCUUACUCAAACCGACAAAGAGCCCACCGUCUCGCUGUUACCAUUCAGGAACAUCCUUCAACGGGGUGGUGUCGUAUUUUUCAGCGCAGGAUGCUUCAACUGGGAAAACUCCGUCCCGAAGCUGGAGUCCGGUGCCACUGAUGUCGUUUGCUUCGGAAGGUGGUUCAUCGGGAACCCCGACCUGCCGCAAAGGCUCGCGGACGGAAUCCCACUAACUAAAUAUGACCGUUCGACCUUCUACUUUACGGUGCCUCCUGAGAAGGGAUACACGGAUUACCCCAUCUACGCGGCAGAGACGGCUUAA